UGAAUACUUGUCCGCAGACGGUACCGAGCUCUCAUCUUGAUCGAGGCUGACGUUCGUGUCCUGAGCCUGCGCGGCUGACCGCCAGCCUCCUAGCAGUACUAGCAGGGCUGCCGCUCUGCAGCAUGGACUGAACUUCGGUGCACCUUCCGGCUCGCGAACAAGGCCCACGAAAGCAGCCAGUGUCUCAGCCAUGAGAGAGUCAGCGUCCGAGCCACUUACGACGACGUCGUCGCACAUCGGGAACGAGAGCAGCGGUCGGCCCGCACCUGCUAGUCAAUCCGAGGCGUUGAAGACGGUCAUACAACUUCAGGUGCAGGUCGAAGCACUCACGACAACUGCCCAGGCAGCCGCGAAGCAAGCUCGUCUGCUGACGCAGUAUGUGAGCACCCUCGGCGAGGUAAGCAGUGCGCCCUUUCACGUCGCGGACGCAGAACUCGUCCAGGAGCAUGCCAAACUCAAGGCGGCGAACAUCGUCUUAGAGUGUGACCUGAAGAGGACGAGGGAGGAGGGCGAGGCCUGGAAGUCCCUCGCGCAGAACGUGCAAGAGAUGCAGGAGAUGGCGAUGGCAGCCUUUGAACGCUGCAACGCGCUCGAGAAGGAGAACAUUGAGCUCCGCCAGGCGAUGCACACCUUCGCUGAGGGCUCUGCGUCGGCGACGGUACAACAGCUGCAAACGAUUAUCGUGAGCCUCACGGAGGAGGUGUCGCAAUACAAGAAGCGCGAGGAGGACAUCAAAGCGAGGGAACUGUCUCUGCGAAACAAGGAGAACAACAGCAUUAUUAAAGCUAUGAGGAAACAGACUAAGGAGCUGAAGCGCCGCUCCUUGCAGAAGACCCUGGAAAUGAAGACCGUUGAUACCAAGGAGCUGAGGGAGAUCAAGGAAGCGAAGGAGACUCCUGUGCUCGGCAACAAGAACACUAACGCGAAUCACACCGGGUUGAAUCUGACGAGGUCGACCGCCACGAGCCCCGGACUGCCUGCGAUGCCUACGUGUCAGGAGUUUUUCUUCCUGUAG